AUGGCUUGCUCGGUGCGCUCGCUGGAGUUCGCUCAUAGGCGUUUGAGUGCUCUCAGCGUGAUGACGGGGCUGGAGAAGGCAGAGAUCUAUGAUCGGCUGUACGAGGGGCUCCGUCAUGCCAUCAUACUGGUGCAUUCCUUCAGCCCUCGAUCUUCGGCCGCUGCGCUUUUGCCCCUGUUGGACUUGCUGACCAGUCUUCAGGUUGACUCCAUGCAGCCGGUGGGGACAGGUGUGCUUCAUCAGCAGGGAGAUUCCUUGCAGGACGCUGGCUCGGCCAUGGACAAGGAGAUUGGGGUGAUCUUGGCGUCUAAGGACCUGCCUUGCUGGGCUUUGGUGUUUUGCCUGCUUAGUGAACGUUUGUGCCGAUUGCUAGCUCGUGUUUGGCUCAUGGCCUCGGCGGCCGUCCUGUGGGAAGCCCUCCGUGACAGGGGUAUUUCGGAGAUUGCCCCGCUGUGCGUUCAGGCUGGGGUUGUGUCUAUCGAGGAUGUUCAGGGUUCAUGGCAACGUUUGUUAGAUGUCGGUGUCCAGCGGUGGCAGCUGGAGCUGCUAUUGACUGGGCCGUCCGGUCACAAGUUGCUGCUGUGCCAGUGGAGGGCCGACCAGCCUCCCGUUCGCAAGAGGCAGCGAGCCUCACUGUCAGAUGCUUUGCGAGCUGAGGAGCCCUCCGAGCGUAACCAAGCAUUGGCCGAGUUGGAACAGGAGGUGUUAGCUAAGACGACGGUAGGACCGUGCGAGAGCCGGCUGGUGGUCUGGCGAAGGAUAUGUGCCAAGUGGGACGUGCCGGCAUUUCCUUUGGAUGAUCGCAACGUUAGGGCUGUUGCGGCCUCGCUGAAGAGAGGGCGGUAUCGAUCCUCAGAGCAGUAUUUUUCGGCAGCAGCAUCUCACCAAACGAGGCGCCUGCACAUGACAGUCCCCGCACACAUCAGGUCCAUCAUCCGUGACUGCGUUCGCUCAAUUCGGCGGGGCCUGGGUCCUUCGGCUUUGAAGGACUCCUUUGACUUGAGGUGCUUGGCCCCGUCGGUGAUGGAAGGGUCCGAGUUCCAGGCCUUUUCGUGGUCUGUCUUGCCAGCCGCUGUGGAUGCAUUAUUGGUUGCAGCUUACUUUUGCAUGAGAGAAAUCGAGAUGGCAUCGGCUUCGUCGUCACAUCUGUCUUUUCAGGAUGGUCGUUUGAGCAUGCUUUUGCCAGCUCAUAAGAGUUCGUCGCAGGGCGAGCUCACCUGCCGGGCGCUAUGCUGUGGGUGCGCCGUUCGCAGGCAGGAGAUGUGCCCCUGGCACGCCGGCGCUCGCCAUCUUCAACGUCUGGAGAUUCUACAAGCAGGUCUGAAUCAGCACACCCUGCCGCUCUUCCCAGAUGAUCAGGGGAAGGCGUUGUCCAAGGCGGACAUGAUCGCUACCAUCAGUGGUGCCCUCAACGAUGGCUCGGGCAUUAUCUUCAGGCCAGGCGAGGGAGCCUUCGGUCGAUCAGCCGAAGUGGCGGCGUUGCGAUUGCAGUUUGCUGACUUCGUCGAUAGGCCAGGCCGGAGCUGUGGGCCACGGCCUGCGGUAUCCUUUAUGGGAACACCAGGGAUAACCGGUGCCGAGCCCGGUGAGGGGCAGGGCGACAGCAGUUCGGAAGAUGGAUCAAACAAAGCCUUGGGCAUCAGUUCCAAGCGUGGGUUGCUGAAGGACCUCGGCUUGCCUUCUACCUCGCCUCUUCAUCUCCCGAAAAUUAUGACUGUGGCCGGCGACCAGGAUCAUGUAGUGGACUUGCAGGAGGUGGCCCCCGGUGACCUUCAUCUUGCGCCCGUGGGGGCUGUGGCCGAUGCUGCAGGGGCUGGGUCCGAUGUGCGGAGGUAUCUCCGGAUGCGCGGAGUGACAUCAGCUGGUACGCUGGCCAUGCUGGCUCCAGACGAGUCUACAUAUCGUGACGUAGUGAUCGCGCCGUUGUUGGCAGGUUUCGGGGUCGGUGCAGAUCGCAUUGAGCUGCAGGAGGCGGACAGGCCCAUAGCUGCAGCAGUGCUUCUUUUCAUGCGGAAACUGGCAGUGGACUCACAUUCGGCUUCCCAGCCGACCGGGGCACCGGGCCCGGCGGCCACCUCUGCGACUCCUGGCUCCACGGGGGCCGCCAAGGAUGCUGAUAAGGUGCCGCGCACUCUUCCUCCAGGUGUGUGGACGGAGCAGAUUAGGAAGUACGAGGCCGUCGAGAUUCAUGGCAGGACCAGGGUUUUUCCUCAGCAGAAGCUCCUUGGAGCUGAGUCCUCUCUGGCUAAGUUGUGGCAUCAGCUGAAGGUUACGAGGGACUUUGCCCCUCUUCCCUUGGGAGAGAUCAUGAGCCGGCGGUCGUUUGAUGCCACAGGGGCAGUCAAUGCCCUGUCCAAGCGGAAGCUUAGCAAGGAGCUGGUCGUGGAUGUAGAUCGUGACCGCCUGGUGGCCGAGGCCACCGAAGAUUCGUGGGAGCCUCGCUCAAUGCUUGCAGUCAUUGAUGCUUUGUAUGCUUUGCGUUGGGCAUACAUACUUUUGGAAUAUGGACAUGAAUUUGACGUGUGCGCCCUGUCCGACGACUUCAUCCACAAGGCUCGCCAGCGACCUCAGCAGCUAGAUGCCUUUAGGUCUUAUUAUGAGUCUGCUACUUGGAAGCUGUGCCGCGAACUUCGAUCGGGGCGUACCUUUGCAGAGUCCGUUGCAGCGGUUCGCGAGGAUCUUCAUUUGUUUCAGGAGGCCGAUGACAACCGCAAGCGCCAGGCGUGGGAUUCCAAUCAGCAGGCUUGGGGUUUCUUCAGCGUCGAGCGCACCCUCGAGAACAGUGGACCGCACUUCAUCGGUGCCGGCUUCAUCAUUGCGUUCCUCGGUGCCGGCCUCAUCAUUGCGUUCCAGGCUGAUUUGUUGGUCAUCACGGCGGCGGCGCCUUGCCCUGACUUCAGCCGGAUUCGUUCUGACAGCAGUCCCGGACGGCAUGGCCCGUCCGGCAACCUCUUCGUGCAGUUUGCCACUUUCAUCCGCUCCUUGCUGAACCUCUUGCCCGGGAGGCGGGCGUCUCUGCUCGUGGAAAACUUGGUGAUGCAUAAUCCUGCGGAUACACAGUGGUUUAGGAAGGAGAUGGAUGUUGAAGCGGUGUUGGGUGAUGCGGGAGAUUAUGGCGCAAUCCAUAGGCCACGACUGUGGUGGUCGUGGACCGAUUGGACAGCAGUCCGGACGUACCCUGGAGGCCAGUCGGAGCUUAAAUGGAAAAAGCAGGGCAAAGUUGCCCAGCUGGUCUUGGAUGUGCCCAAGGACUCCAUGCAGGACUUGCAGCCGGAGGGUUUAGUUUUUCAUGAUAAGGUUCUCAAGGGUGAGGUUUUGUUGCCUUGCCUGACGACCCCUGCCAUCGAAGAGGAUGGAAGAGAGGCUCCUCGUAACAUGAAGGGGAAAAUUGAUUCCAUCACUCGUACCCGCUGGAUCCAGGGCCACAGACAGUAUGCCCCAUGGUUCUUCGCAGAGACAGCUAUGCUUCGCGACAAGGAUAGCAAGCUGCAUUUGUUGCCGAUUGAAACCAAGGAAGCAUUGCAUCACUUUGAUCGCGACUACUCGUCAUGCCCCAAGGUCGCUGAGAAAGACCGCCAUCGUCUCUUGGGUAACUCUUGGCACAUGGGGGUGGCCACGGAGAUGAUGCGGUUCUCUCUGUUGUUUGGCGUGCGGUCCUUGCCAGGACCGUACGCGACGGAUGCAAGCGAUGUAUCCGAGCUUAGGGAUCUGGAGUCGGCUCAGCAGUUGGCCAGUCGACAUCCGUUGUCCAUGCAGCGGAAAGCUGAAACAAGCGCUCACGUUGACAUGCAGCCUGCAGUUGACAUGUGGGACCAUUGGCAGUUGUCUGCUGAGGCCGUGCAUCCAUUGCAUCAGCGCUCCACUCUAGAACCCGCCAUUGAACUCACACUACAGAGGCUUCUUAAAUUUCCACCAGAUCGACUAGCGGAGUUUCGACGACAGGUCCUGUGUGACAUCCAGAGCCGUAAGGAAUCGUUGGCGGGCCAGACCCAAGCCUGGUUCGAAUCGUUGGAACCACACGUCCAGCAAGCCUAUAGUUUACCCGAUGGCGGUGUUGUUCAAAUUCCUUUGUUUCUUGAGCUUCUCCGAGGUUGUGCCUACCCGGACGUCGACGCUCUUGCAGAGGCGCUCUCUCGAGGCUUUCCGGUCUUGGGGCGCAUAGAACCUUCACCAGGCUGGAGGCCUCGCUUGGAUGACCGUUACGAUCAUCCGAUCACAGCUUCAGCUUUUGCAGCUCUGAAUCAACAGUAUGUGAAUGAGAAACUGCGUAAAGGCCGGGUUGAUGAUGAGUGGGAGGCCCUCCUUACUGAAAUCAUUCAGGAAGUCAACUUAGGCCGAAUGUCAGGCCCUUAUGCUGCACCCAGCGGUUGGACACGGCAGUGCGUGCCAGUCGCAUCUCAUGAGAAAUUUUCUGUAUGCCUGCCGGCGCAAGAGGACGCAAGGGUGGCUGCAGCGUUCUCAGUCGUCCAACAGGGCAGCGACGGCUCUAGGAAGGUCAGGCGCUGUGAGGACUACAGAAGGAGUGGGCAUAAGCGGCAUAAUGCUACAAUUCAAGUAUCUGAUGUUCCAGCUCACGACGAUGUCGAUAAGUGUGUGCAAAUCCUCUUGAGACUGAAUGCGGCAGGCCAUUCUUCAGAAGUCUGGUGUCAGGACCUUUGGGCUGCGUAUCGCCAGUUUCCAGUUCAGGUGACGAGUCACGCUUUUGCUUUGCUGCUUACACCAUCCGGACCGACACUGUGGCGUCACGGGGUUUUACCGUUUGGCGCGGCUUCUUCAGUGUGGUGUUUCAAUAGAUGCGUGGAUGCAUUGACAUUUCUGGCCCGUAGCCUCUUCAUGAUUUUGGUGAUUCACUUCGUGGACGACAUUGGUUGUCCUGAUGCUCGGCACAGCGCGGCCAGCAGUUUUACUACUUUUGCUGAGCUCUGCGAAAUUCUGGGUAUGCGACUCAAACCAUCCAAGGCGCAGGCCCCUGCUCUUAGACAUAAACUUUUAGGCGUUUUUCUUGAAGUGUGCGUUGACGGAAUAAUCCUUGCUCCUGCUGGGGAUCGGAUUCAGAAGGUUUUGCAGGUCAUCCAGCAGUCGUUACAGGAUGACUGCCUCGAGCCGGCGGUGGCUCAGCGGCUCACUGGUAAGUUGAACUUCAUCUCGACCACUCUUUUUGGACAAGCUGCGGCGGCUGCGAUGAAGCCGUUGUACUCAAGAGCUCAUGACUGCAACUCUCAGACGGCGAGCCAGCUAAAUCACCCUCUGCGGUGCGCGCUACGCUCCUUACAGACUCUACUACGGAACCCGAGUCCUCGCUGGAUUCCUUUCGAGCCCGCCUCUCAGUCGUCAGCUGUCCUGUACGCUGAUGCUUUCUUCGAGUUGGGUGAUAAAUCUUUUGGAUUGUCUGACGAGCCCCCAGAGAACUGGUACUCGACGAGCUUUCGGAGAUAUCGGAAUGGGUGGGGCUUCGUUGUGCGCAGCCGUUCUACCAUUCGAUUUGCACAUGGCAGCGUGCCACAUGAUGUGCUGGCACUGUUUACCUCGAGACGCGCAUAUAUUUACUGCUUGGAAAUAAUGGGUCAAAUUUUGGCGGCGGUAACUUGCAGUGACAUCCUACCAGCGGUUUGGGUUGGCUUCUGCGACAAUAUGGCUGGUCGCUCCGCGCUGGUUCGGGGAUACGGCCGAGAUGUUUCGAUCAACAAUCUGCUGGCUUGUUUCUGGGCGGUUGCUCAACUCCUGGAAUGGCAGCCACAUUUCGAGUGGGUUGCCAGCGAUCUGAACAUCGCCGACCCUUUUUCGAGAGGCGACUGCUCGAUUGGUGCAUCUCGUCAUUGGCACGAGCUCACAUCUCCUAUGGAUGCCUUAUGGCCCUUCUUCAAGAGGGUCGCGACGGACCUCGAGUACGCGCUGGAGGAGGCGCCCAGGGCUUUGCUGCAGCUGGAGUGGCGUUUUUCUGCAUGA